UUGGUUUAUACCUUUCUUCUUCUUCGUCUGUCUCCUUCCAAUUGUCAUCCCGAUUGAUACGAUCUCUCUCGAAGCAGUCUGUAACCCAUCCUCCUCUAGCGCAUCUGAUCUCAUCUAUCAUGGCGGCCAACAAGUUCGCGACCGUCUUGCACCGGAACAGCCACAGGAUGGCGGUGAUACUGGUGUACGCCAUCCUGGAAUGGGCCCUCAUCCUCUUCCUCCUGCUCAACGGUCUCUUCGGCUACCUCAUCGCCCGGUUCGCUGCCUUCUUCGGCCUCAAGGCACCCUGUAUCUUCUGCUCCCGAGUGGAUCACCUCUUCGAGAAAGAUGAGGGUCGGCGGAGACACGCCUACCGCGACCUCCUCUGCGACGAGCAUGCCGCCGAGGUCACCAAGCUGGGCUACUGUGCCUACCAUCGGAGGCUGGCAGAGGCCGGGGAGAUGUGUGAGGACUGCUGCUUCUCGACCCGGCCCGUCGAGGCCGCUGUCCUGUCCUGGAUGAAGCGGAGCGAGGAGGGGGAGAAGGAUCUGAGGUGCUCCUGCUGCGACGUCGUCCUCGAGAGCGGGUUCUACUCGCCCUACCUCCUUUUCAAGCCUUCUUGGGGCGCCGUGGAGUAUGACCACAAGGGGAACUUGGUGGAUGAGGUUGCCGUCGGCGAUCGCGAGCUUUUUAGAGAAGAUGCCGUCCUGUGCCGAGAAAAGGUGGAAAGGGGGGAGUUGGUAUCUCCUGAUCAAGUUGAUGGAUUCCAUGAUGAUCCCGAUGAUGAUAAGGAAGAGGAGGAGGAUAAUAUUGAAGUAAAGAUCAACGGAGAGGAAGCAACAGACGCUAUCAUUUCGAAGAGAGAGUUGGAAGAACUAGAAACCCUCAUCGACUUCUCUGUUGCCUGUCCAUUGGUGGAAGAUGCUUCCUUGGAAGUUCUCACUCGGUAUCUGGAGAACGUAUACGAUGAGGACAGGUUGAUACCGGUGGAGCUGAUCGACUCUGCGACUAUGACAAAAAGUCAUGCUGCGUGUGUAUUUGGCAAACAAGAUCAGAUAGAGUUUCGGCAUCUCCAAGGAGAAGAAGUUGGCAGGGACGAGAGCAAAGCGGUGGCUUUCACUGAAGAGAGGCCUAAUUUCAUCGAAAAGAAUUCUGGGAAUGAAAAAGUGGAGGACGAUGGUAGAUCUUUUGAUAAGGGGAGCAUUACAGGGGUGGAAAAGGGAUUGGUUUCUGCUACAGAGAUGGCUGAUAUUGUUGAAGCGAAUCCUUCAGGAAAGGUUGAAGUGGAAAACAAAGCGAUGGUUGUUGAUGUUGGCUGCAUUAUGGAGGAGGAGAAGCUGUCGUCUUUGGCUGUGGGGAGUGCUGAUGUUGUCAAAGAAAAUUCCUCUGAGGAUGUUGCAGUAGAACUACAAUCUGAUGCUCUUGAAUAUACAGUAUUUGUUACAGAGGAGGAAAAUAUGUUGGCUUCUGCCGAAGAGAGAGCAGAUACCACCGAAGAGACUUCUUCUGAGAUGAAUGAAGCCCCACAAUGCUCUAUGGCUGAUACUGUUGAAGAUAAUUCUUCUGAGAUGGAUGGAAGCCAACAAAAUGCCAUGACUCUUCAUAUAGGAAUUACUUCAGCCGAGGGAGAUGCAUCAUCUUUGUCUAAUACGGAGAGGGGCGAGAUCCUGGAGCAGAAUUCUGUAGUCCUUCCUUCUUCAGAGAACAUUGGUGAAUGCUCAUCUGUUCACCAAUUUGUUGCUGCUCUAGCAACACCAAUCAUAACAUCCCCAGAUGGUGGUGGUGUUCAAGUGGAAUCAUUGAUGGGAGAGGAAGACCUUCCUGGAACUCAAGCUUAUGAAGAAGACAAUAAAUUGAUCGAUGUGGAGACCAAUUGUGAGAUAUCUAUAGGGAGUGAGAUAUGUGAUCGUGAACACAUUGAUCAUGCACAUCUUCAUGAACCAAUAUUAUUGUCAGAAAGCACACAUGAGGAACCCUCGGAGAGCUAUAAUGACAUUAUUGAUAUAAACAGAGAAAUGCCGGUCGCCAAAAGCGAACCAAUAGUGACUACUGCACAAUGCCCGGACCAUAUAGCUGGAUUUCAAGAGCAAAAUGAGAUUGAAGAGGAGAGGCAACCUGAGACGCCAACUUCUUCUGAUGGCAUUAACAAUUUACAUAAGAGGUUCUUGUUUGGAAGGAGAGAAUCAGGAACAGAGUCUCUGGAUGGUAGUGUUGCUGGUGAGUUUGAAGGCUGCGAUACAUUGACUGGAGAUCAGCUUAAAGCUGCCCUUAAAGCAGAACGGAAGACCCUGAGUGCAUUAUAUGCUGAGCUUGAGGAAGAGAGAAGUGCUGCUGCCAUUGCUGCCAACCAAACAAUGGCAAUGAUAACCAGGCUUCAAGAAGAGAAAGCUGCUAUGCAGAUGGAAGCAUUGCAAUAUCAGAGGAUGAUGGAGGAACAGUCAGAGUAUGAUCAGGAAGCCUUGCAGCUCUUGAAUGAGUUGAUGACGAAAAGGGAGAAGGAGAAACAGGAUUUAGAGAAGGAACUUGAAGUUUACAGAAAGAAGGUUCUACGCCACGAAGCCAAGGAGAGGAGACAAAUGGCGCAGAACAAGGUCGAUGGUAAGGGUCGAGCAUCUUCCGCUUCAUCAAGUGCUGAAGACAGUGACGACCUCUUGUUUGAGUUCCAACAAGGUGAUGAGUUUGCCUGCAGCCCUGAUGAAAGUAAUCAAAAUACUCCUACUGAUGCUGUGUUAAGUUCAGGGGCAGAGCAAGGCACUGAAAAGCAUCUAAUUACACUUAACGAAUCAUUGGCUGAUUUUGAGGAAGAGAGACUCUCCAUCCUCGAGCAACUAAGGGCAUUGGAAAAGAAACUUCUUAUAUCGGACGAUGAAGACUACCAAAAUUUAGAUGCCGUGGGGAACAUUUCAGAUGCAAAUGGUCAUGUUUCAAAUGGAAAUUGUGAACCUCUGAUUGAUGAUUUACAUGAUGAUGUGAAUGGUUUCUCAGAAGAACUAGAAGCUAACAGGAAGCAUCAUAGCGAACAAAGAAACAUUGUUAAAGGAAAGAGGCUUCUUCCUCUCUUUGAUGCUAUUGAUAAUGAAAAUGAAGAUGAUAUAUGCAUCAAGGAAGAGGCAAUAGAUGAUUCCCCUGAAACAAUUUUAAAUGUUGCGGAAGAGCAGAAGCAGCUUGCAAUUAUAGAGGAGGUUGAUAACAUCUAUGAGCGACUGCAAGCUCUUGAGGCAGACCGAGAGUUUCUCAAGCAUUGUAUCAGUUCCUUGAAGAAAGGUGACAAGGGAAUACACCUUCUACAAGAGAUACUGGAACAUCUUCAUGAUCUGAGAAGUGUGGAACUUCGAGCGAGGAACUCAUGUGAUUAUUUUCCUUCAUUCGCAGCUUAGUAUGCAGAAGAAAUGAAGAUGGAGGAGUGGAUGGGUUGUCUGGAAAUGCGGUUGCAACAAUAACCAUCGAACAUGAGUAAUGGAUGAAUGCGUUCUUCUUGCAUGCAAAUCGGUCACGCCAGUGGUGAAACUGAGCUCCUGGUUCUGUAUCUUGUCGGUUGCUUUACAGCGUGCGGAAGCAGGCCAUGGAUGGAAUCUGCUUUCCCAGGCCCGGCUUUUCAUGAGGCUUUCUUUUCUUCUAUUUCUUUCCUUUUUCCAUUUCUCCUUGUUCUGGGCUCAUCACUUUUGCUGUGGGGGAGGCAAGGUGGCUGAGGCAGGGGAGGGUGGUGGGUGGUGUGGCAGCCACUCACUGUGAUUGUGCCAGAAAUCAUGGCUUUCAAUGCUGUACAAAGUCUUACGAAGAGAGUAGAGUGGAUGGAGUUGCUCUUGUUCUUUUCACUUUUUUUUCUUGUCCCCUAGAGAGAGAAAGUGGCAGUUGUAUGAUGAUCUUUGAGCAUGGGUUUGAAUAUAGUUAACAAAGUUCUUUCUAUA